CUUCCAGGUAGUGACGCCACGGGCCCCCAUGUUUUCGGAUGUCACGUAUUUCCCGGUUGCUUUUGGCCUCUUCUCCCUCCACCCCCCCCGCCGUCGUUUUUUCAGUUUUGUGAUUCUGUUGACUCCCUUCCAUCCCGCCUUUUCACAAACAAAGAUUAAAAUCAAUUCGAAGUGAAUCUAGUUCUGAGCCCUGUCGGGGUGGGGAGGGCGAGAAAUUGAUCGAAAUUUACAAAUAUCGCACAAUCCUAAGGGAUUGUGAGUGCGAGAGACUGAGGCAGAAGGCCGAUCUCGUCUUUUGUUCGUUUUUCUUUGAGAAGGGGAGGAGUACACUUCUGUAUAGGAAAGAGAAGUGGGGUGGAAUAACCAGGCGGCCUUGGGGUUUUGUUUUUUUUGUUCCCUUUUCGGUGAGCGGUGUGGGUCGGUGCUGACGGACGCUGUGGUCGGGCCCGCUAGGCCGUGGUUACCCUGGUGACCGGCCGUUGGCGCGCGACGAUUGCCCCGCCCCCAUCCAUCACGCAUGCGCCUGAGCCCCUUCUCUCCUCCCCGUCCCCUGAACCUCCCACCCCGUACCCAGUCUACCUCUCUCUCUAUCUCCCCUGUGUCAGAGUGUUCCGCUGGCCCUGCAUCGUUUCGGUUUUUUUUCUCCGGCCUGUUUCUUCUCCCACCAACCGAAAACAAAAGGCCGAUCGAAUCCCAUCCGGAGCUUCCCCUUCUCCCCCCCCCCCCCCCCCCCCCGCCUCCCACAGGAGGAGGUAGUAGUAGUAGUGGCGGUGGAGGAGGAGGAGGUACUACUGCUGCUGCUGCUUGGAGGAAGAAGAAAGAAGAAGAGGAGGAGGAGGAGGAAGGGGGGGGAAGCAGCAGUAGCAGUAUGGGUGCUUACCUGUCUCAACCCAACACGGUGAAGAACUCCUGCGAGCAAUGCACAGACAAAUACAACUUCGGCGUCUCCGCCAUGCAAGGUUGGCGGGUCUCCAUGGAGGAUGCGCACAAUUGUAUCCCGGAAUUGGAUGAAGAGACUGCCAUGUUUGCAGUUUAUGAUGGCCAUGGAGGUGAAGAAGUGGCGCUGUAUUGUGCCAAGUACCUGCCUGAUGUCAUUAAGAGCCAGCAGGCCUAUAGGAGUGGAAAGUUGCAGAAGGCACUGGAAGAUGCCUUUCUGUCCAUAGAUAGCAAGCUUACAGAGGAGAUGGUGAUCAAGGAACUUGCCCAGAUCGCAGGCCGACCUCAGGAGGAUGACGGCGAGAAAGUUGCUGACGAAGAUGAUGUUGACCACGAGGAGGCUGCACUUUUACAUGAAGAGGCUACAAUGACAAUUGAAGAGUUACUCACCCGAUAUGGACAAAACCAGAACAGUGCUAAACAUUCAAAGAGCAAAACUUCCCCCACUGUUAAGAAACUUCAACCAAAAGACGAUGAUCAAAACAAAUCCGAAAAGGAGAUAAAUGGAGAGUUGGACAGCAACGAAGCAGGCAUCGGUGAAAUAAAGAGCAAAAAUGGGAAAUCCGAGGAGACUGUAGGAAUCUCCUCUAGUUCUGAACACAGGAGUGAGGAAGUUGGACUGGCAAGUGGAGAUAGUACUACCGGGUCUGGUUCAGACAAAGAACCUGCCAAAGCCAGCAAGGGCACCUCUGAAGAGGCUGUUGUGUCAUCGUCCACAGCUGAUGCUGGGCCAUCCUGCUCAUCAUCUGCCAAAUCACAGCGAGCAGCUAAGUCUGUCUUCUUUGAGGAUAGUGAGGAUGAAUCUGAAGAAGCAGAAGAAGAUGACAGUGAAGAGGAUUGCAGUGAAGAGGAAGAAUACAGCAGUGAUGAAGAAGAGGAGGAGGAGGAAGAGGAAGAGCAAGAUGACAGUGAUGAAGCAGAGGAGGAAGAUGAUAUCAUGUUGCCAGGAAUGGAUGGUAAAGAGGAGCCUGGCUCUGACAGCGGCACGACUGCUGUUGUGGCCCUGAUCCGUGGGAAGCAACUGAUAGUGGCAAAUGCUGGCGAUUCCCGAUGUGUUGUUUCGGAGAGUGGCAAGGCAAUUGACAUGUCUUAUGAUCACAAACCAGAAGAUGAAGUGGAACUGGCCAGGAUCAAGAAUGCUGGUGGAAAAGUUACUUUGGAUGGGAGAGUCAAUGGAGGGUUGAACCUUUCCAGAGCAAUAGGUGAUCAUUUCUACAAGAGGAAUAAGAACCUUCCUCCGGAGGAACAGAUGAUCUCAGCACUACCUGACCUCAAAGUGUUGACAUUAAAUGAUGACCAUGAUUUUAUGGUAAUUGCAUGUGACGGUAUAUGGAACGUAAUGAGCAGCCAGGAAGUAGUCGAUUUCAUCAGUGAACGCAUCAACAAAACUGAUGCGAAUGGAGACUUGAGGUUGCUGUCCUCCAUAUCUGAAGAGCUCCUAGACCGGUGUUUAGCACCUGACACAUCAGGAGAUGGUACUGGAUGUGACAAUAUGACAUGUAUUAUCAUCACUUUUAAACCACGGCCUGUGAAAAUCCAGGCUGACUGCAGCAAGCGAAAACGUCCCGACUCAACGGACGAGGAAAAAGAAAAUGGGAAGAAAGCGAGAAAUGAAUAACAUGGCACAUCCAACGAAAUUGUUGGGGAAGGGGUUGUUUGGAUUCAACUGAGGCCUGACAAAUUAUGUAAUUAAUGAACCUUGAGAACCUUUUUUUAAAAAAACGCAAGCGAUUGCUGGAAAUUGUGUAAAAAUAAAUCUGGAGUAUUGUACAAUGUAGCCUUAGUUUACACCCUAGGUUACCGUGUGUAAAGCACACAUUCUUUAGCAGCAGUCAGUUCAGGAACCCUACAUUGUAGCACACUGGCACUUGGACACAAAAAGAAGUGGCUGUCUAUUGAGUUUAUUGUUGUGAGGGGAUUUUGAUGUCUGGAAAUGUCCAUUCCUUUUUUUUCAUGGGGUCUUUGAUACAAGAAACUCCACAAAGAAAUACAAAAUACUUAACAAGCCAAAUUAGAUAGUUCAUAAAUGUUGCAGGAAUCAUAAAUGAGGACUCUUUUUUUUUCAAAUAUAACAUUUUUUUUUAAAAAAGGUGUGGGAUAAAAUAUGCAUCAACACACAGGUUUGCUUCAAAAGAAUGCCACUUGUCUCUGCUUGAGGACGGAAAAUAUCGGGUCAGUGUGAUAGUAGUCACUUUUGUUCCAGCCAUCCUUUCGUGUUGAGAUGAGGUGGCAAAACAUUUGGGGCUCUGGAAUUUUUUUCAAUGUUUCAAUUUUUAAAAACAAAAAUCAAGAGAACAUUAACAUUUUUGAGCGAUAUGUAUUUGUAAACAUUAAGGCAAUGUUGGACUUCAAAGGGAUUUCAGUUUCCUUUUCAAUUCCUUUGUAUACCUGCAUUCACUCCAAAUGACUGUCAACAUUGCCAUAGAUAUCAAAAAGAUGAAGUCAAGAAACUGCACUGCCCUGUGAAUGCUACAUCAGAGAGGAACUUUCAACCACUUUUAUAUAUUAAAAGAAAACAAUUUUUAAUUUUUUUACAGCCUGUUUUUUUUCCUGUUGCAUUGGAUAUAUCAUGUAAGCUAAGUGACCUUUGAGAAUUAUGGCAUCCUUUGGUGUUUCAUCUUUUGAUUGUGAUGACUGCAUUUCACAUAUGUAAAUAACGACUGCCUUGUUAGUAUGUGUCUCUGUCAAUUCACUGGGUUUGUGUAGAGUGCAUUUUGAAAUAUCAUUUGCACAUAAACAAAUAUUUCACUCCUUAAAAAGAAGAUGUGUAAAUCCAGAUGGGGUAUCAUUUGGCUUUUAAGUAAAAGGUUAUGGGGGAUCAUUCUUCUGGCUUAAAAGGUCAUGAAUGUAUAAAUUUGCUUCCUCUUGAUCAUGUUGGCUAGCCACUGAAGUUGAGUUGAAGCAUAAACUGAUCCCCAUUUCAACUACAAUGGCAAUUUUUAUGGAGCAAAUAAUAUCUGUAGCACAUUAGCAACAGGGACCUACUGUUUCUUGAUUUGUUUUAAUUAAUGUUGAUGCACCCUCUUGACUAAAGAGAAAUCUAGUAUCCCCAUAAAUUAUUUGUGAUGUUACAGCAUUCUAUUGGUAACAUCAUUUUUAUUUGAAAAAUACUUUCAUCAGAGUAAAGCUUUGUGAUUCAUAAAUUGACUAUAAUUUUGAAACUUUAUAAAUGAUCUCUGCACAGACUCCUGUUAGUUAGAUGCAAGAUCCGGAGUGUGACAUUCUAAUGUGCUAAGUGCUGCAUUACUUCAGACUUAGUCAGACACUGAUCUGCCUUUGGGUGAAAGAUCCAUUGCACUAUUCAAAAAGCAAUCUGUUUUAUUUUUUGCGUCCUGGUCAAUUUUUAAAUUUCAGCUAACCUCUUCAGUAUGUUAUUUAUCUCUUCAUAGUUUUUUGGGAUCUUGUUAUGCAUAACUGAUCUCAUUUGGCGUACAUUCUAAAAGUGAGCAACUUUAUUGAAGCAAUUCGAGGUGGCCUAAGGUUUGUAAGGAGCAGAAUAUUGAACAAUCUUUAGAAGUAAUACUUCUGAUAUGAAGUUGUGGCCCAGUGAUUUAAUUUCCAUCCAAAUUCAGUAAAAAUGCAUUUUCCAAUCUAGAA